ACGAGGCCGGUGUAACUUCCACUCGGAGCUAAAAGGAGGAAAUCACAGCUGAACAAUAACAGCUUGGAAUUCCGAUAAUGUAGGGCUUGAUAAGCUUCCUUUCCGGUAUGAAAUUGUGUAUUUUUUCAAAAAGUAUAGUGGACAUAUAUUUUGAGUUUAAUGAACAGACAUUUGCAUUAAAUGUUUAGAAAAUGGUAAGCCCUCGGAGGGAGGAAGAUCAUGGACCGUCAACCAUCACCGGCCUAAGUUACAAAAGGAUCGAAGAUUACACCAAAGAUCUAGAUCGAAGUAAGAAUAUAAAUGAACUGAAUGGUGAAAUUCAAACUGAUCGAUAUGGUUUUAUCGUUCACGAGGCAAAUGAAAAUGUCCAGUCCAAAGAGAUCCAUUUACCUAUAGAAAUUGUACAAAAAAGAGAGAUGAAAUGGCUGUCCAUGAUGAAAAGCUGGGAAACAUACAUGAAGUCCAAAUCAAAGAGAGAAAAAAUCAAGGAAAGGUGCAGAAAAGGCAUACCCUCAGCUAUAAGAGGAAGGGCUUGGCAGUUGUUAACAGGAGCAAUAAAACGGAAAGAAAAGGAGUCAGAUGUUUAUGGGAAAUUAGCAGAAAAGGAGAGCCCGGAAUGGGAGCAUACUAUUUGGAAAGAUGUACCAAGAACUUUUCCAUAUCAUGAGCUGUACAUUGAAGACAAGGGACCUGGGCAAACCAGUUUGUUCAGAGUUCUCAAAGCCUAUAGUCUGUAUAAUCCAGAUGUUGGAUACAGUCAGGCUUUGUCUCCAAUUGUCGCUGUUUUACUCAUGCAUAUGACAGAAGAGGAAUCAUUUUGGGCUUUGGUUUCCAUUUGUGAUAAUUACCUUCAAGGAUACUUUGGCAAAAAGCUGGAAUCAGUGCAGCUGGACUGUCUGAUAUUUUCUUCUUUACUCGAACGAACGUAUCCAUAUAUUUCAAAUCAUUUUAGAAAGCAUGGUAUUGACCCAGCUAUGUACAUAGUUGAGUGGAUGAUGUGUGUCUUUUCAAGAACACUGCCUUUUGCAACCGCUUUAAGAGUUUGGGAUAUAUUCUUCUGUGAAGGGGUGAAGAUGCUGUUCCGAACAGCUCUUUCAGUCUUAAAAGUUGCAUUUCCUACGGAAAAAAGCUUGUUGUUACAUGAUGAUGACUAUGACACGAUACAAAGAGUGAACAACAUCGCCAGGGAAGACUUGCAUGAAACAGUACUUAUACCGUUGGCUCUGAGCUUGAAACUUACUAAAAACGAUUUGAAAAAACUUCAUGCUGAUGCCCUUUCCAAACGCCCGGACCUAGCAAUCACGAAUUCAUGAAGGUUUGUUGUUGCUGAAAUUUGAAUUAAAUUGUAUAGCGACUUGAACGAUACUCUUUCCGUUGUUUCUUUGUAAAAUAGCAAAGGCAUUGCGAUACUCUUAUCAAGGUAUAUAGAUCAUUCUGCAAAUAUGGGAUGUUAAAAUUUGUAACAAUGUUUAAAGGUUUACCCCUUCAAUUUAUAUGGGUUUUCGGACCCUUUUUUAAGAUAUCUUCCACAUGCUACAAAAGAGUUUCCUAGAGUUACCCGAAUAUCAUCCCGAUCUCGUGACAGGGAGGUUCCUCUAAAAUUGAACUUCGAAGUCAGAGGAGAGACAAAGGCUCUUUGGGAUAUUAUGGCGAAUUCAUUUUUCCCUUUUUUGUACCAAUAACCAUGAUGAUAUUCCAAAGGCGAAAAACAUGUGCACGGAAUAUAAUAUCAGGUUGGUGCAAUUAUAGCUGCUAUUUUGACGAAUUAUAGGGAUAUAUACCCAAUUGAGCAAGUUUGAGAACAGGAAGUCUAUCAUGAACACGAGGGAAAAUGUCUCUCUCUUUUGAGCAAACAUGAACUGCGAUUAGUUCAAAGCGUUAUUUCUCUCUCAUGUUCCAAACUGUGUAUCAAAGUUCCAAAUUUUUAUUAAAAUGACGAAAAGUGCGCUGUAAUGCGGCGUUGCUCAAUCUACUUGAUAGUUGUUGUUAUGAAAGUAGUAAAAGAAAUAAAAACAGUGAUAUUAAAUAUAAUUUGAAUUUACAGUCAAACUGUGUUUGUGUUUUAAUGCCGACAUAAUUAGAAGUUAAUUGUUUAUGUUAUGUAGUGUUUUCGGUCGUUUAAUUUUCAAAUCAAAUCUAGACUCUAUUGUAAAAUAUAUGCCCCUGACAUAUUCCAUGACGUCAUGUGUAUCAUAUAGUAUAGUAAUUGUGACAGUAAUCACUUGAAUUGUAAUUAUGCAAGUAAUUACACACUGCACCCUGAAUAAGACCGUCUUACAUAUCCGAUCAAAAUUAUCGGCUAGCGAGUGAGAUGUAGACGUCGUUAUUGGACUUUAGGCUCUCGACUUCUUAGGUACGGCUUUAGAUGCCUUCUCUUUUCUACUCAGCUCACCUCUUUCCCCAAUUUGCUCCACGUUCUUCAUCUCUUACUAUUUGUAACGUCAUUUCCCAAUUGAUUCAAUCUUCAUUUUAUUUCCCCUCGUUCCAACACUCUAAUCCAUCUGUCUUCACCUCUAUUCCCCUAUUCAACCUUCUUUUCCAAGUUUUUUUUACUGACUCCCCCUUAUCUCCCUCCACUUUUUCCUUCCCUUUCUUGUAUUUAUCCUUCCUCGCGUAUCACGUAUUUCUUCAUGUCGAUUCCUUCCAGAAGUUUGCCCUACUCGCCAUUUCUUUCUAUUAUUCUACUAAAGGAAGUUUUUUGCAAAGAAUUCUUGGCAGUAUUGAAUAUAAAAAUGGCAUUGAAAAAAGCAGACAUGAUAUACAAUGAAGUACCUCCAUAUUUUCAUUUCUGACACUUUCAAGUCUAGAAUGGAUUUUAUACCUACCUUCCUCCUAUUCCCGUAUUAGCUUGAAUGCCAGCACCUGGCAAAGCAAUUGAUAACAACAUGUCGGUUUAAUCAAUUGACAAACCAUGUCUUCUAGGUUUGUCAAUUGAUUAAAAAUUUUUGUUGCCAUUGCUUCGACUAUAUUAUCAAUGGAAAUUUUUUGGUGCCAUGCUGUCACUCGUUAUCAUCGUAUUCCUUUCAGCUAAUAUGUUUUACCAAUGGAAGUAUUUUUGUAUUGGGUGUGACAGCAACCUUAAUCUUACUCGGACUCCAUCAAUGAUUGAGAUCAGUUUGAAAAUAAUUAGUCAGUUUUUGAUAAAUUGAGAUUAAGAUCAAAAGCUGGUACUCUUAAAUUACUAAUUAUUAAAUUUUUAGCGAGAUAAAGCAUGUCAUUUACGAUAUUUUUGUUAUAACAUCGCAAAUAAUGGUUUAUAUUUACAUAUUAUGGUGUUUAUUAUGAAUAGAAUUAACUCACA